CGCACACAAGCGACUCUCUCAAUCAAUAAUCCCCUGCUUCGUCCAACCUUUUCCCCACUACUCCUUCGUAGACCACAUCCAAGACCUCUGCACGAAUUUGCUUGUGAUCUUUACAUCUACACUCCGCAUCGCUCUCAAUAGCCAACCGCCAAUAUGAGAGAAGUCAUCAGCAUCAAUGUCGGCCAGGCGGGUUGCCAAAUCGCAAACUCUUGCUGGGAGCUCUACUGCCUUGAGCACGGUAUUCAGCCUGAUGGAUACUUGACCGAAGAGCGCAAGGCCGCCGAACCCGAUCAGGGCUUCAGCACCUUCUUCUCCGAGACUGGUCAAGGCAAAUAUGUUCCCCGUACCAUCUACUGCGAUCUCGAGCCCAACGUCGUCGAUGAAGUCCGUACCGGCACCUACCGCAGCCUGUUCCACCCAGAACACAUGAUCACUGGCAAGGAGGAUGCUUCGAACAACUACGCUCGUGGCCACUACACUGUUGGCAAGGAGUUGAUAGACCAGGUUUUGGACAAAGUUCGCCGUGUUGCUGAUAACUGCUCUGGUCUCCAAGGUUUCCUCGUCUUCCACUCUUUCGGAGGUGGAACUGGUUCCGGAUUCGGUGCUCUUCUCAUGGAGCGUCUCUCGGUCGACUUUGGCAAGAAGGUCAAGCUGGAGUUCUGCGUUUACCCUGCUCCUCAGACCGCAACCUCUGUUGUUGAGCCAUACAACUCCAUCCUGACCACCCACACUACUCUCGAGCACUCCGAUUGUUCAUUCAUGGUUGACAACGAGGCUAUCUAUGACAUCUGCCGAAGAAACCUCGGUCUUGAGCGCCCCAACUAUGUCAACUUGAACCGCUUGAUUGCUCAAGUUGUCUCCUCCAUCACCGCCUCUCUCCGUUUCGAUGGUUCCCUCAACGUUGAUCUCAACGAGUUCCAGACCAACUUGGUCCCAUACCCACGUAUCCACUUUCCGCUUGUUGCAUACGCCCCGGUUGUCUCCUCAUCCAAGGCUUCCCACGAGGCAAACUCGGUUCAGGAGAUCUCCAUGUCCUGCUUCGAGCCCAACAAUCAGAUGGUUAAGUGCGACCCCCGCAACGGAAAAUACAUGGCUACCUGCUUGUUGUACCGUGGUGAUGUCGUUCCCAAGGAAGUCAACAACGCAGUUGCUACCCUUAAGACCAAGCGUACCAUUCAGUUCGUUGACUGGUGCCCAACUGGUUUCAAGAUUGGUAUCUGCUACCAGCCUCCUCAGAUGGUCCCCAACGGUGACUUGGCGAAGGUCAACCGUGCUGUCUGCAUGCUCGCUAACACAACCGCCAUUGCCGAGGCCUGGUCUGCUCUCUCCCACAAGUUUGACCUCAUGUACUCCAAGCGUGCCUUCGUUCAUUGGUAUGUUGGUGAGGGCAUGGAGGAAGGUGAAUUCUCCGAGGCCCGUGAGGAUCUGGCUGCUUUGGAGCGUGAUUACGAGGAAGUCGCUACUGAUUCGCUCGAGGGCGAUGAAGGUGCUGAGGCCGAAUACUAAGUCAUUGCUUUGCUGAGGCAUAUGUUUAUCUCUUGUGGGAUCACAUACUUGGUUGGUGGGCCAGAUUUGGUACUUGAUUCGGCUACAUAAUACUUCUCGGAGUAUUUGGAGCUUGGUCAUGUCGAGCGUGGGGGUUCUUAGAACCGUUUUUCUUUUCACUGCUACCGAAUCCGUUUUUGUAAUUCAGACAGCCAUAGGCAAAUCAACUGACAAUAUGCCGUACCAUGC